CUUGAGAGCCAGAGUGCUGGUAUCUCCCACAUAUCUUUGCCCAAGUAAAAAUGUCUCAGCCUGGAAAACGCAUUACUAAAAGAAGUUAUAGCUGGUUCAAGAAAUUUCAGUAUGAUCCAGACAGAGACUCACCAAGCGAUGCUAGAAAUGUUUUGCUAGUAGUUGUGGCCUUGAUUGCAGCAGUGACUUUCCAGGCUGGGGUGAACCCUCCUGGAGGGGUCUGGCAAGAAGGAGAUCGUGCAGGAAGAGCAAUUUAUGCAUCUAAAACGGGUGCAUACUAUGUUUUCUUGUUAUCAAACACUUUGGCUCUCUCCACUUGUAUACUUGUCAUUACAUCUCUCACUUACAGGUUCCCUUUCCAUUUUGAAAUAUGGGUUGCUACAGCUUCAAUGAUGAUAACUUAUGCAUCUGCGGUUUUUGCUGUUACUCCUCAUGAAUCCGUGCGUUUUCGCUAUCUUUUGAUUGCAGCUUCAGUGCCUUUUGUGAUGAGGUGUUUUGGUUAUUUCUUCAAGAAGUACUGUAUGAGUAAGUACGGUAUGAGUCAGAAUGAGAGUCAAAUAGGAAGUCAGGAAGAAGGAUUAAAGGAUGGGCAAGCAGGUCAAGUGUAGAUUUUCUAUAUUUUUGUAGAUUAAGCCCAUGCUAAUGUGGACUUAAUUUUCAUUUCUAAAUCCGUAGUAAAGCCUCCAGUUGUAGCAGCCUUGCUGUUAUUGUCAGCUCUUGUAGUCUUUUAUUAAGUGAUAACUAGCCAGGUAUUUUCCCGUGUUGCUGUGAUUAAAUAAAGAUUUUCCUGUUUCUUUUUUUUAUAA